AAGCAAUUUCUUCUAGCAAGUCCACUCACAUAGCCAAACAAAAAAUGACAUCAAAAUUUACAAGCAAGAUUUAAUCUUUUUUUCGAAAAAAAAAGGACACCUUAUCGCUCACCAUGUAUCCUACUCCAAUCCCACCGGACACAAUCUGCACACAUCAGCUUAGAUAGCUUUCCCCUUUUACAAACUCCCCAUACCUGAUACCUUUCUUUCUUUCUCUUCUCUCCCCCUCCCUUUUUUUUUUUUUUUUUCCUCCUCUCUUUGCUAAACAAUUGCAAACCGAGCCAUUUAAGUAGAAUCAUUUUGUUUAUGCUCUAUGAUGGAAUGUUUAAUCUAUAUCUAAAAUCCCAUAUCAAUCUUCUCUUGAAACCAUUUGUCUGUUUUAUGUGUUAUAUAAUAAUAGGUUCUGUUUUAUAUAUGAUUUGCAGUUGAGGAGCAGAACGAAGAUGUUUCUCCACCAUCCAUUGCAAAAAUUCCAAAAUCUUACAUGCCGAGUGUAGCUAUACCAACAAUUUCUGUACCUGAAAAAGCAGAGAAGAAAAACGAGAAAUUUGAAGAGGAUAAUCAACAAAAUAUUGGAGCGAGUUCGAUACCUCGGCCACGGGCUGUAUUAUCAAGUCCGAAUAAUGAUGUAGUUAUUGGGAAUAAAAACAGAGUCAAAACAGAAAGGCCAUCGGUUUUGAAAAAUCGUAAGACAAUUCAAAAUAGGGAUGCACUAUGUAAGGUUAUCCCAAGCCGGACAGCAGAAAAUUCUAUGAACAUGAAAAAGUCCAAGGAGGUUCCGGAUGAGAGCAAUCUUAAAGGCAAAAAAGCAUCAGCAGUAACAGUUCCGAGUCAGAGACGAAAUCCUAGAACCGGGAAACCAAGCUCUAUUAGAAUUUGAGUGUUUGUUUUUUGUAAUUGCCACUAUAUCAAGUGCUCAUACUUGAUGGAAUAUACUGAUACAGAGCGUUGUUAGCGUUUGCUUCAUUGUAAUUUUAUUUCACAUGAUAGAUUUUGCAGAAUCAAUAUUUUAUAUUCAGCUUC